AAUCGGAAACCAUACAUUCCUUCCUGCGGAUGCCAAUUUGCCAGGACCUCAUCUCAAAAUCAGCAACCCCUAUAUAACCAUGUCAUAACCCAGAGAACAAAAACUGCCAAUCAGAUCAGAUCAUCAAAGUUCAGUUUCAGGAGAACAGCUGGGAAAAUGUGGAGCGCGGGAUGCGUGGAUCAGUGGAUGCCGACGGCGGCGAUGGUGGCCACGAACAUCGUGAUCGCUGUCAUGACCGCGCUGCUCAAGCAGGCGCUGAGCCAGGGGAUGAACCGGCUGGUCCUCAUCACUUUCAGGCAGAUGCUGGCCACUGUAUUCCUUGGCCCCAUUGCCUACUUCAAGGACAGGAAGACAAGACCAAAGCUGAGUGCUGAAAUCUUUGUGUACAUGUUCCUUAGUGGAAUCCUUGGCCCGGUGCUGCUCCAGUACACGCUCUUUGUUGGAUUGGAGUACACUACAGCAACGUUUGCUGCAACUUUCUCCAAUCUUCUCCCAGUGGUUACCUUCUUGAUUUCACUCGCUUUCGGGUAUGAAGCAGUGGAAGUGAGGAGCAGGUCAGGGAGCGCCAAGAUCUCCGGCACGCUGCUCUCCCUCUCCGGCGCCAUGAUGCUCACCUUCUACAAGGGCUCGCCCCUCACCCACCUCCACCACACCACAUCAUCGUCGUCCUCGGCGCCGGCGGGGUCCGCCGGGCAUGGCGGCGACGCGGUGCGGUGGGUGCUCGGGUCGGCGUCGAUGCUAGCGAACGUGGUGGGGUUCGCGGGGUGGCUGCUGCUGCAGCGGCGGUUCACGAGCCGGUACCCGGCGGUGUACUCGGCGACGGCGUUCAUGUCGCUGCUCAGCUUCGUCCAGGCUGGCGCGCUCGCGCUCUCCACGCAGCGCUGCGCCGCCGAGGUCUGGCUGCCCAGGGGCGCCGUCCAGAUCGCCGCCAUCGUCUACUGCGGGGUGGUGGCGUCGGGGAUCGGGUACCUGAUGCUGACCUACAGCGUGGAGAAGAGAGGGCCCGUCUUCACCGCCGCCUUCAGCCCGCUGUCGCAGAUGUUCGUCGCCGCCAUCGACCUCUUCCUCCUCCACGAGCCGCUCUACCUCGGAAGCGUGCUGGGGUCGGUGCUGGUCAUCCUGGGGCUCUACCUCGUCCUCUGGGGCAAGAGAUCAGAGCAAGCCGCCGCCGCCGCCGCUCUGACGAAGCCGGCGCAAGCAGCAGCAGCAGCUGACCUCCAUGGAGAAGUAGAACAGCAGCAAGACAGAGUGUGAACUCUCAACUGCAGCUGCAGAUGCAUCACACCUGAACUGACGGCGACACCCAUGUCAAAUAGCAGAAAAAUCUGAAUGAUCUGCUCACUCUGGAUGCCAUGUCUACAUGAUCGAUCCUCCAAUACGAGCUCUAAUUUUUAGCAGCUAUGUAUGGCAAAUUGGCAAAGCACAUGGCAUGAUGGCAGGGAAAGAAAGAAAGAAAGAAGGAUGUUGUAAUUUCUUCUGAUCCAUCAAUGCUGAUAAAUACACAGAAAAAUAGAUGCUGA